AGUGCCCGUGUUGUGGCGGAAGGAGGAGCUUGCGUGGAGCAGCUGGUGCCGAGAGAAGCGGGACCGGCAAAGAUGAUUCAGGCGAUUCUGGUUUUCAACAACCAUGGGAAGCCGCGACUGGUCCGCUUCUACCAGCGUUUUACAGGGUUUCUCAGUAGCUAUGGAACCAGUCCUGCAACUCACUCUAUAGAUCAGCCAGAAGAAAUUCAGCAGCAGAUUGUUCGAGAGACUUUCCAUCUGGUCCUCAAGCGGGAUGACAACAUCUGUAACUUCUUAGAAGGUGGAAGUCUGAUUGGUGGUGCUGACUACAAACUGAUUUACCGGCACUAUGCAACCCUCUACUUCGUAUUUUGUGUGGAUUCCUCAGAGAGUGAACUUGGGAUCUUGGACCUUAUCCAGGUUUUUGUGGAGACUCUGGAUAAGUGUUUUGAAAAUGUAUGUGAGUUGGAUUUGAUCUUCCAUAUGGAUAAGGUCCACUACAUCCUUCAGGAGGUGGUGAUGGGUGGGAUGGUGUUGGAAACAAACAUGAAUGAAAUUGUGGCUCAAAUUGAAGCUCAAAACAGGCUGGAGAAGUCGGAGGGUGGCCUUUCAGCAGCCCCUGCAAGGGCCGUGUCUGCUGUGAAGAACAUCAACCUUCCUGAGAUCCCGAGGAACAUCAACAUUGGCGAUCUCAACAUCAAAGUUCCCAACCUGUCCCAGUUUGUGUGAAGGUGGAGGACUGGGCUGGACUGGGGUCCUUUCGAUGAACGAAGCAGUCACAUCCAGAACCAGAACCCUGCUGAGCCUUUAGAGACUUGGGACCCUAAGCCUUUCCCAGAGUGGGAAGGGAGCUGGUGCACACUGCCUGGCCAUCCUGCUGCCCUCUGAUACACAUGGCCGUGGAGACAUCAGUGCACUAAGCCACUGCUCCUUUGCCUCCCACACAAGCCCUCAGGGUUGGGGACUGCGGAACAAGCCACCUGCUUCCCAGGGCCUGACUUCCUCCCUUACACCUAGGACUUCUGAGAUCCUGUAUCAGUCACUGGGUAAGAGACCAGGGAGAAGGAAGGACCAGCCUUUCAGAUGUCAGGUGUGGCGAGUGGUAGGUGGUGCAGGGUGCGCUGGCUUCGCUAGGGCCUCUGUUCCUAGGAUCCCUCUGUGUAGCCAAGCCUUUGGUCAACAGUUGCUGCAGAGUACACCUUCCCCAAGGACACAGUCCCAGUUUCGUUGUCACCGGCCUCUGUGUGCUGGGCACAAUUUAAAUCAUACUUUGGGUGCAUGUCACUACCCCUGCCAAUAGGGAGGGUACUCCUACACACACACACACACACACACACACACACACACACACACACACACACAGCCCUCUCUCAGAUGAGAGACUGCUGUCUGUAGAAUAUGAAGGUUGGAUCCUCCCAGAGUUAUGACUCGUCCCAACUUGGAAAUAUGCUGUCUUCCUGGAAGCAGAAGGUUCAGUGACUGUGUUGUGAAUGAUGAACCAUUUCCCCUUGCUCAGAAGCCCGCUGUCCAGUCUCAGCUUCUAGAGCUGAGAGCCUGAACUAGGUGCUGUGUGGGCUGAGCCUGCAGCAUGCUAGCCACACUGCUGUGUAUUUCCACUCUGCGUCCUGCAGUGAGCACACUGGACUCCUUUGGGCAGCAUUCUCCUGCACUUCUGGAAACCUGUAAACGUUAACACGUGCUGAGUCUUCUUCUUGUGCCUGGUUUGGAGUUAACGCUGCGGGGGCAGGCCCUCUUCUCCAUGCCUCCAGCUGCAUCUCAGCCCAGGACCUCCUCCUGCUGGCCAGACCCCUAGUCCCUCUCCCACUGCCUUGGGAUAUUGUUGAUGAUCCUAGAGAACCAUGUGUCAGGACCCAGGGGUUCUCAUUUUCCCAUGAGGCUUUGCAUUCUACCCCAUCGCUGCCUACAGCGUCUUGUCCCCAUCCUUCCAGUCUUCUAUUGGCGCGGCAGUAAAGGGCAGUUUGCUGGAGAUGAGACCUGAGACAAAAUCUAAUGCCUAAUCCCUAAUGCUCUUGAAGCAUUUAUUUUUAUUGUUAUUUUAUUGCCAUUUUAGUACAUUCAGGCCUCUUUUGCAAUGGCUGGAUAUGGAGUAGGAAUGAAGAAACCGCAUCUGCUGUAGAAUGACAUGAGCAAGAUCCAUAACAGUCUUAGCCACAGACAUUUUAUUUUCUUAAGGUUUAUUUUGAAGCCGGGUGGUGGUGGCGCCCAACUUUAAUCCCAGCACUCGGGAGGCAGAGGCAGGCAGAUCUUUGUGAGUUCGAGGCCAGCCUGGUCUACAAGAGCUAGUUCCAGGACAGAGAGACCCUGUCUCAAAACAAAAAAAAAAAAAAAAAAAAAAAAAAAAAAAAAAAAAAAAAAAAAAAAAAAAAAAAAAAAAAAAAACAAAAAAAAAAAACAAAAAAAAUUUUAUUUUGAAGCUAGGCAGUGGUGGCACACCCACCCAGUACUCCAGAGGCAGAGGCAGGCAGUACAAUGUAUACAUAAUAAAUAAAUACAUCUAAAAAAAAAAGAUAAAAGAAAUACUCUCAGACACUUAUAAAGAGAGGUUUGAUUUUUUUUUAAAUUUAUUAUGUAUAUAGUGUUCUGGGCACCAGAUCUCAUUACAGAUGGUUGUGAGUCACCAUGUGGUUGCUGGGAAUUGAACUCAGGACCUCUGGAACAGCAGUCAGUUCUCUUAACCUCUGAGCCAUCUCUCCAGCCCCAAGGUUUGAUUUUUUUUUUUUUAAGAGAUAGCCAGCCUAAGAGCUGGAGGGUCCUCUGGAGAUGAGGCUACCUGGAGUGUGUCUUGUUGAGGGCCACAGUGUUCUGAAGUGUGCUUGCUAUUGACUGAGGCACCAUUGAGUGGGAAGAACUGGGAUUUCAGGUAGUUUAGAUUUCAGCCGUUCGCCUGCUGGAAACAACUUUGUUCUCCAAAAACUAUGGCCUGGCACUGUCGGCUGCAAAAGCAAGCACCAGACAAUGGGUUGCACCAUCCCCUUUAUAGUGUGGAUUUGGACUUGGAAAACUCCAUUCCUCUAGUCAUCCUAGAGGGAUUAGUUGGUUAGUUAGUUAAUUGCUAAUGACUUGCAGCUAGCUUGUCAGCUAUCAACAAAGCCAUAGUCUGAGAUCAAACUACCUCCCUCUCUUCUAUGUGUUUUGAGACAAGGUCUCACUUUGUAAUAUAAAUUCUCAAUCCUCCUGCCUCACCUCCAAAAUUCUGAUAUUACAAGCGUGUACUCCGUGCUCUGUGUACUUUCCCGUGGAGUAGUUAAGGGAAGUCCUUGGUCUUUUUGGAGAGGAGUGUCCCCUUUGCUCUGAGACGUUAGUUAUGCAGCCAGGGACUGGGUUUGUGUUUGCUUUGGGAUCCUGGACCUGGAGAAUUUACACUGAGGCUUCCCAGGUUUUCUCACUGCCACUAGUUAAACUGGAGCCCUCCCACUGCCCAUGUUCUGUGUACAUGCUCCAUGAGGUCAAGCUCGGUCCUCAACUGAGAGAGAGGCUCUCUGUGCUCCACUGUGAGCUUCCCUAAUGAUGCUCUCAUGGUUGGGCCAUGAGCAUCUGACUGGCAGCUUGGAGCCGUGGACUCGGUGCUUGCUGUGUGGAAGAUUGAAGGACAUUUCCACCCCUGACUCACCAGGGUCAUGCUGGCUCUACAGGGCGCUGGACAGAUCACUUCCUCCAAGCCUGACCAUGGCCCCAUACUUGUUACAUUGAGGAUAUCCUGAGUCACAAGCCCAGAAUAUCCAUGCUCUACCACAUACAGACCCAGCCCUCCCUCACCACUAGAGAGGCAAUCUAGCUAUUCUCCAUGACCUCAGCUUCAGAAAAGAAACCAGGAGAAAUGGCUCAAACCAGGUCCCUGGCCCAGUCUGUGGCCUGGCCUGUCCAUGUCUUUUUAGAGAGGACUCGGGGACAGGUACCUGAAGUAAAGACUCAGAGUAGGGUCAUGGCCACCUUUGCGCCCAUCAGAUGUCCUGGAUGCCCACUGCUCUCAGUGCACUGAUCACCCAGAGUGAGCUAGCUCUCUGGGAGCUGCCAGGCUAGGCCUCACCUAGGUCCAAACCUCAAGGUCAAGUGUUGACCUUCUCGGAAGUUCUAAAGUGCUCUUCCCCUGCACCUUCUGGCAGAGUGGCUGUUGAGGAAAUAGCAGCUCGAUGCAAAUGAUUAAUCCUUCCCAGAGUUCUUUUUCAUUUCAGUUUUUCCUUUCCAAAUAGGAAAGAUAUUCAUGUAGGUCAGUAUUUUUAUAUGGGGAGCGGAGGUGCCCUCAGAAACCAGAAGGCAUUAGAUUUCUUGGAGCUGGAGUUAAAUGGUUGUAAACCGCCUGACUUGGGGUGCUGGGAGCCAAACUUAGGGUCCUCUAGAAGAGUAGCAAGUGCUCCAAACUGCUGAGCCAUCUCCAGCCCCAUGCAGGUCGCAGUUUAAGAAAACAAGUUCAGCAAAAGACUCAGCCUCUCCCCAGCCUCUGAGCAAAAGACUUAUCCCCGCCCCAGCCCCUAGAGCUGUCCUGACAGCAAGGGCUUGCAGUUUAAAGGCGCGUGAAGCACGCAUCCUUUCUUGGCUUUCUAAACUGAGGACAUAGCUGACCUCAGUCCAGUUCAGUCCUGCUAUCCUCCAGAGGGGCAGAGUCUGUUAACACAUGUGUGCACACACACACCCAUGUGGAACAGCAGCUCCCAGCCAUUCUCAGCCUUCCUAUUCCUCAAGGCCCCAGAACACCUUGUCUUUAAGUUGUCUGUUUCCUCUUGGGAUGUAAACCCUCAAGGGCAGGGGUCAGCCUCCUACCCAGUGCUGUGCCCCAGCUGCUCUUCCCCAGUGCCUCGUCCAUAUUCAAGAACGCUGGGUGAGUGGGUGGCCGAGGAGAGCAGCAGUUCAUCCUUACAGUCUCUCUGCUCUGUGCUUACUAGGACUGAGAUGUGGGGGUCGGAAGGCCUAUUGCUGCAGGUGGAAGAUAGCAAGGAUUGUAUUGAGAGGAUAGAAUACAGGCAUGUUAAAUUGGAGUUGCCUGGGGGUAAUCCCCGCUGGUGAACGAGUGGACAGGAGACUGGUUGGUCCAUCCCUGAGGUAUAUGGAGUUGUUUUUAAUUGGGCCUGUAGGCUCAAUUAGAGUGUAAGGACCCCCUGUUUUCUUUGAGAAAUAAGAUCAAGAACAAAGUGACAGGCCCAAGUGAUGAGAAUGAAUGACAGACUGGAAAGGGAGAAGAAUGACUGUAAGGGAGUUCCAGGUACAGGUGUCAAACACGGGUACCCAGGUCCCUCAGACUGAGAGAAUGCUCAAGGUCCAGAUGCUCCCCUGUUUAUAACGGGGUUUUGUCGCUAUAAAGCCAUCACCAUUUGGAAAUGCCCUCAGUGGAAAGCAACUGAACGGCCUAUGCAGCUCAGCCUGCUGUAGGACCACAGUCUAGUGAUCCACAUGGAGCUGUGGGAUACAUGGGGCUGUCGCUGCUGCCACUGCCCAGCCUCAGAGAAGAUUAAUCCGCACAUUACUAGACCUGGCAAAAUCCACACCUAAAGGACAGCUUCUGUGUGUACGGUUUUCACACAGCCUGACUUACCAACCAUCAUGAUUAAGGCCCUGAUCACAAUGGAGGUACUGAUUUGGGGGCUAUGGGGCUAUGGGUAGUAGAUUGACCUUAAUGGGAGACACACAGGUCACUGCAUCUCAGUUCUCUGUUGUCCUGGAAGAGACAAAGAAAAGCCUGUGGUUGCUCCUGUGGCUUUGUUGGUCGGCAUGCCUCUUACCCAAUUGUUUUUGCAAGAGGGACAAGUGCCUUCCCACAGCAGACCUUUGCAGUUGGGGUCAUGAGCUACAAUGCCAGGGUGUUUUCUCACCAUGAGAGCAGCCCCCACCCUUCUCCAGCCUCAAGUGCAGGGCACCGGGCAGGUGACCCCCUUUCACCUGGUUCUAGCUGCCGGCUAUCUGAGCCACACUCCCUGGCCAGAGAUAGCAACGUUGGGCCUAUGGCGCAACCCUUUUCCUGUUAGAGCAAUGGUUUCCACACCAAAGCAGUGUUUGAACCACCAACUUUGAAACUAGCUUUUCUGGAUCUUGCAUUGCAGGUUGAAGGUUUGGCUAGCCCCACCCCACGACUGUCCCUGAGGUAGCUUCCAUCUUGUGUUUGAUUCAGGUCUUUGGGGACAUACUUAGGAGCAGUCAUGUCCUUCCCUUUUAUUUAUUUUUUUUAUUCAAAAACAUGUUUUAAAAAUUCUGGGUGGUAGUGGGGCACACCUUUAACACCAGCACUCAGGAGACAGAGACAGGUGGAUCUCUGUGAAUUCAAGGCCAACCUGGUCUCCAGAGAGAGUUAUAGGACAGCCAGGGCUACACAAAGAAACCCUGUCUCAAAGCAAACUAACAAAUCUUCAAAACAAACAUAGAUAUGUCUGAGUGGCUCGGCUGCUUCCAGAUAUGGGACUUGGGCGACAUCCCUAACCUCUGUACCUGUGUCCUCAUCUGAGAAAUGGAAAUGAUGCAGCUCCCUGUGCGAAUCAACACCCUCAGCACAAACAGAAGACCCAGUCCAGGAACAGAAU